AUGGCUCGGCAAGCCGUCGUCACUUCCCCGACAACAGCGACGGCUCUGAUCGGCUUCAUUCUCGGCCUGAUGCUUUCGCAGCAGACAGCAGCGCAAGCAAAACUCCGUGGAGACCGCUUCGUCGGGCUGCGUGGCGGGCGCCAAAUCCUCCUAGCGAUGGACGACCAGCCUAACGCCGCACCUCUACCGACGGCUCCCUCGCCGCUCUUUGCCGCUCAUCAGCCAGCAGGACUGUCACAGAGUAAGACCCCGUCGCCUCCCCUUCCAAGGCCGCCUGGAAAUCCUCAGCCGUACAACCCGGACCAGAUGCCAACACCAGCCCAGCCGCCAGUGCAAAGCCCGGCGCCGCCAGUGCAAAGCCCGGCGCCGCCAGUGCAAAGCCCAGCGCCGCCAGUGCAAAGCCCGGCGCCGCCAGUGCAAAGCCCAGCGCCGCCAGUGCAAAGCCCAGCGCCGCCAGUGCAAAGCCCGGCGCCGCCAGUGCAAAGCCCGGCGCCGCCAGUGCAAAGCCCGGCGCCGCCAGUGCAAAGCCCGGCGCCGCCAGUGCAAAGCCCGGCGCCGCCAGUGCAAAGCCCGGCGCCGCCAGUGCAAAGCCCGGCGCCGCCAGUGCAAAGCCCGGCGCCGCCAGUGCAAAGCCCGGCGCCGCCAGUGCAAAGCCCGGCGCCGCCAGUGCAAAGCCCGGCGCCGCCAGUGCAAAGCCCGGCGCCGCCAGUGCAAAGCCCGACACCACCAAGCCCCUCUGAGCUUAUGGGCAGCAGUUGUCCGGAUGCCCAAGCUUUUCUUGAUCUGCACAACCUUUACCGUGCCCGGCACCAGGCGCCACCUCUUCGAUGGAACAACAAUUUGGCCAUCGCUGCCACCGCUUACGCACAGCAACUUGCUGAUAACGAUUGCGCGCUCAAGCACUCAGGCGUUCGCGAUGCUGGUGAGAAUUUAUUAUCGCAGCAGUCCUUUCCUAAACCCGACAAUACAUGCACACUGGCAGCCAGGGGCUGGUACGCUGAGGUCGUAAACUACGAUUUUGACGCUGCUCAGCCUUAUUACGAUAACUGGCCCAGAAACAUUGGCCACUUCUCCCAGCUGGUCUGGAAGGGCACGUCAACCAUUGGUUGCGGAGUUGGAUCUGCGGAGACGCCUAUACGGAUUGGAAGUAAAACCCUGGCAGCCGGGUGCAAGGUUGUGGUGUGUCGCUACAAGGCGCCCGGUAACUGGCAAAGCGACAUGUCCUUCCUGAAGAACGUGCUACGCAACACCAGUGCUGCUGUGGUGUAA